UUUUCGUGUGGUUCAUGCAUUGCGCAGUUAUGUUCUAUAGAAUGCCAUCCUUUUCAUUAUGAUAAUAUUUCAUAGCAAAGCUAAAUAUUUGCGUGAUCUUCCUCAUUUCAGAAAGACCAGAAUUACACAAUAUAAUCUUUGAUUAGGGAGGGGGUAGUGCAUACUUUAUAUAAGCAGGUGCCUCAUGAAACAACAAUACACUUAACAGCUUCAAAGACAUCUGAUCAUAUAUUACAAACCAGAGGCAAAAAUGCUUGAGAAGACUUACUAAUACCAAUCUGUAAAGAAGGCAAGAAAAUUCCACACAGUAAAAUGCAUAUUUGGUUAAAGGCAGGUGUUGAAUCGGAAUUAUUUGUGUGAAAUAUUCCAUGAGCAUAUAUCCCUCUCCCCCCAUGUCCAAUGGGAAAUUUCAAAAUUCAAUAUUCUUUACCAUUCAAUGCAAUGGAGUCUGAAUGUUUUCGGGCAUGAAAAUUAGAGUAAUGGUUAAACAAAACAAUCUUAGAUAAAAAAAAGUUAUACCUUCUAUGCCUUUAACUAUAAUGCAUGACAGAUAGCACAAAGUGGGUUAAUUCAUGGUUACUGUGCCCCAAUGAGUUAACACAAUGAACAGUCCAUCAUAAUACAAGGUCUAAAGCAGCUGGCAGCAUAUAACCUACUUCUAACAAAGAAAUGUACAAAAAAUUUAAUUUCCGCCAGGUGUGUUCUGCUUCACAAAACACAAGAAAUGAAAGUAUUAUCAUUUCAAAUUGGAAAAUAUGCUUCAUGCAAUAAAAUAAUUAAUCAAAGGUGCUCAGUGCAUUAUAGUCAGGUUGACAACAGAAUCUAAAUCAAUAAUGGGAUGCUCACAUGAAAUAAACACAUUUGUCUGAUAUUGUGCACAAUACACGUACCAUUCUGCAAAAUUCUGACUACAAAAGAACAACAAACCUCCUCUUUAUUGUCAAAAGAUUUCUCCCUACCCUGCUAUCAGAAAAUAUAUGGAUACGUCUCAUAUUUCAUCAACGCAGCUUAAUGGCAUUAAUCUUUUAUUUCCAUACAUAAUUUGGAAUCCAUUUUGUGUCUGUCAGUGAAUGAUGUGCAUGUGAAGGACUUUGGAGCACAGGUUACUGAGCAGCCAGGCACUGUCUGCUUCCAGGAUGUUGAAUUAAAAAAUACUCAACAGCGGGUUACAAGUUAAGGCUUAAUUGGCUGCCUUCUCCUGGGGCAGUAUUGUCAGAUUGUUUCUUAUAGUUUGUUUAGGCAGCCUUUAAAUGUUGCUGUCUGCAGCAUAUUGAAGUCUAAGAAUACAUCUACUGUCCAUGUGUGUCUGAUCAAUUGAUCAAGGCAAGGUGCUUGCUGGCUUAACAAGUGAGAUAAUCCAGGAAAACUGGUUGCAGUUCUCCACCUGCUUCUGUAUGUGGACAUAAAAACACAGCAUGGGACUGUUUUCACACUAAGAUAAGAAGGAUACUUUCAUAGUUUUUUCUCAUUGAGAGAGAUAACUUUUAUAUAAAGUAUUGGACAGCAGACAAAACAGCAUAAUAUAAAUAGGAUAAAUCCCAGACGGAGGUGCUUCUUUUUUAGUCUGAAAAGGGCACGAAAAUAAGAAUUCUGAGUAAAUAAACCCUGGGAAUAAAUUUCUAAUAUGCGGCACAAGCAUUAGCAGUGGUUUAGAAGUGGAUAAUACACUACUUUAUUUGGAAACCAAGAGAUUUAUACUCAGCAAAGGUUCAAUUUACAGACACUGGGAAGGUCACAGAAGGCAAGUCAAAACAGCAGCUUCAGUUUAAAGAGCACGUACUCUUGAAUAGGACUUUUUUUUCAUUGCAAACCUAAACCAAGUAGGACGGAAAAUGGCCUCCAAAGCAUGUAGGUCUUUGGAUCUGGAGUACAAGAACUUUAAGCAUGAUCUGCAGAAAGCAUUAGAUAGUGACUGGGAUUCGGCUGAUGACCUAGAUAUUUACGAUUGGUUGGACUUAGCUGAUGAGAACCGAGAUGAACAUGGUGAUUCAGAAGUAUUCUUAAAUGAUGAUGACAAUUCAAGGUUUCACGUUGGCUAUUGCAACAUGGCUCAAAACAAGGGCAAUAAGACGGCUGAGCAGAACUCCUUUCCACGCAUUGCAUCAGAGACUAAACUCACAGAGAAAGACAGUGGUUUAAGCACCAGGCAGGCCAAAAAGAACUUUGAGCGAACUCAGUCAACAUCAGAAUUGGCUAAAGAGAGCAAAGGAAAAGAGCGCAUUGUGAAGUCUUCAUCAUUUGAGAAAGAAGGAAGUGUGUCAGAGCAUUCACAAGUAUACUGGGAUCUGUCUAAAGCUGUAGAGAUGGAAGAUUCAAAGCCAGGUCGGUUGAAAAUUUCUCUGCAGACAAUUCAUCAAAAGGAGGAAUUGUCAAAUGACAAAGCACAAGCCCAACCACAGCAACGAAGAUAUUCAGUAGAAUAUAAAAGAACAGCGACGGGAUCUUCAACCAUAUCGACAUCUUCGUCAUCUUCAUCAAGUACUCAGCGCCAGGUUAUGUCUCCACCAGUGUAUACAAUUGAAACGAUAAGUUCUGGGCCAGCCCUACCCAAGACACCACCACAACCGCUGCCCCCACAACCUAUUUCUGCCAUUCAAGAAUUUUUACCCAAAACUAAGAGAACUCUACAGACAGACUUGGCGGCUUGUAAGACUAUUAUGAAACAAGAUAUAAAAAAGCUUCAGGAUGAAAACCCUGCAGUGCAGUGCGGGGCUCUGCGAGAAAUCUUGGGAAUCAUUGUUGAAGCAUGGGGCACUGCCCAUUAUGGCCGUGACUUGGCGUAUGGACUUUGUGAUUUCCUGCGAGUAGAAGGAGGCCUCGAUAUCAUAAUAAAGAACUGCAGUUCGGCAAAUUAUGAAGUACAGUUGGAGUCCGCCAAAGUUCUUGAACAAACCUUGACAACUACCAAUCGCGACUAUCUUGUCAAUCAUGGGUUGGAGGUGGUGCUUACCAUGUCCAGGAAAAAUAAGGAUGAUGCAAACUUGUCUCGUGCAAGUACAGGGAUUAUCGAGAACUUAUUCAAGCAUUCAGAAGGAACAUGUGGGAAGGUGAUCCAUCUGGGUGGGUUGAAUGUGAUUCUGUAUUCUUGCCGAGCUGCAGAUCAGGUCACGCUGAGACACUGUGCAGUAGCGCUGGCAAAUUUAGCCAUUUAUGGAGGAGCUGAAAAUCAAGAAGAAAUGAUAAAGAACAAUGCCCCUGAAUGGCUAUUCCCCUUAGCAUUCAAUGAAGAUGACAGUAUUCGCUAUUAUGCUUGCUUAGCAAUAGGUGUGUUAAGCGCUAAUAAAGAAAUUGAAGCUGAUGUACUGAAUUCAGGAACAUUAGAACUAGUGAGUCCUUUCCUUACCACACACAGCCCUGCAGAAUUUGCAUAUAGUGACAGGUCACAUAUACAAGGCCGAGACAAAGAAUGGCUGAAGCGCCUCAUUCCUGUUUUAAACAGCAAGCGCAAAGAGGCGCAGGCCCUAGCUGCAUUCCAUUUUGCAAUGGAAGCGAACAUAAAAUCAGAGCAAAAUAAAAAAGGGAUUUUUAAAGAAAUAGCCGCUAUAGAACCACUGAAAAAAGUUGCUGGUAGCCCCAACAAACUUGCGUCCAAACUUGCAGCUGAGGCUUUGCGUAUAGUAGGAGAGGAGGUCCCACACAGCUUGACACAGCAGGUGCCCCUGUGGAGUGUGGAGGACGUCAGGCACUGGGUGACAGAGAUUGGAUUUGGGGAAUAUGCAAAAACAUUUGUGCAGUUCCAUGUUGAUGGUGAUCUUCUGCUGUUGCUCUCUGAGCAAAACCUACGAGAUGACCUGGGGAUGCAGAAUGGGAUCACAAGGAAAAGAUUUAUGAGAGAGUUAGUCUAUCUGAAGAGAACAUCAGAUUACAGUUGCUGUGACCCUACUAAGCUUAAUGAAUGGAUCCUGAAACUGAAUCCAGAACUUACAAAAUAUACGUACCAGAUCAUCCGCUCAGGUGUGGACAAAAAUCUGUUGCCAGCAAUAACAGAGGAGCAGCUACGCACGGAUUGCAACAUUGAAAAUGGCAUUGACCGCAUGAAGAUACUCCAAGCGGUCAAAGGUAGCUAUAGAAGAUUUUCACACUCAGGCUCAGCUGCAAGUAUUGCAUCAUCUGUCAUGUCGCCAGGAACACCAGGAAAAGGGGUACGUAGUGGGAAUUUCAUGAGUCCAGUGGCAUCAUGCUAUACUGAUGGACUGGAGAAGAAUCCGCUGGCAGAGAGACCCAUUGAUGUUUUCAUUAGCUAUAGAAGGUCAAAUGGAUCCCAGUUAGCAAGCUUACUGAAAGUGCACUUACAAUUACGUGGGUUGACAGUGUUUCUGGACAUUGAAAGACUGCGAGCAGGGAAAUUUGAUAUGAACUUAUUGACCAGUGUCAAGAAUGCAAAGAACUUUGUCCUGGUGCUGACCCCAGGGUCACUGGACAGGUGUCUUGGGGAUGAUGACCAGAGGGACUGGGUACACAAGGAGAUAGUGGCAGCCUUAGAGAGUGCAUGCAACAUUAUCCCUGUGAUGGACAAUUUUCACUGGCCAGCCUCAGAGACUAUGCCAGAGGAUAUGAGGGCUGUCAGCUUUUUCAAUGGAAUAAGGUGGAUCCAUGAUUAUCAAGAUGCCUGUGUGGAUAAACUAGAGAGGUUCAUCCGUGGAGAGGGUGCAGAGGACAGGUAUCAAGGCUGUCUGUCCAAAGGCAACAGUAUAGAGAUGUUGAGCCCAGCAAGUGAACUGCAUGGCUAUGGACCUGCUCUUUGUCGCAACAAUGGUGGCGAUUCAGGAAUAGAGGGUGCUAGCCCAGCAACGGAAGUACCUCCCAAACCUCAUGAUCAUCAUUCCUGAAUAGCGGGAGAAAUGUUGUUGAGCAUAAGGCACACUGUUAUGUAAUGGAUGCUUUUAUUUAAUGUUGGUUUUUUGGUAGUUUAGGUAUUUUAGUAUAACUCAAUAGUAUAACACAUUCAAAUUUAACUGCCAACAUUAAAUUUUGAUUUCCACAUGUUUCGGAUGUUUAUUUUUAUGUGACUAUAAGUUAGUUUAUACAGACAGUGAUGAUGGGUGAUUUCUGGUAAGCGUAGAGCGUUUGCUAGUGGACGAAAGCAAUACAAGUUGUGUGCUGAAUAUUUGUAGAUGAUGAUAGAUGCAUGUACCAAGCUGGUCCUUGGACAUGCAAACAUCCUGCAUGUUUUGUGAGAAAAGAAAAAAAAACAUUUUCAUAGAAAAAUGAAUGAAAAUUUCAACAAUUUAGAGACAUCAAAUUUACCCUGCACUGCAAGGUCGGAUUGAAACAGAGCUUCCUGUUUAGUUGACUUUUCUUCAUACAUUUUAAUGGAGAGAUUUAAUUAGGAAGUCAUCAAGUAGAAGCAUAAUGGUAGUCAUGCUUAUGUAAAGUUUUUAACAUUCUUAGCUACAGCAUGCCAAAAUAUUCAGCAUCUGCCUAUGUACAAAUUAGGAAAAUUAUUUGUAUGUUUGUGAGGUGUGAAAAUCCCCAUAUGCCAUUUGGUAACAAAUCAACUUAUCUUGGUAACUGUGAAGCAUGGGGAUAGUAAAGAGGAUUAUUUUAAGACUUUAUAAAGUAGCAUUUUACAUAACUUAUGUUAAGAGUUAUGCAGCUGUUGUUUAGACUGAAAUUUUUGUCAUAUAAUAUGAACAGUCUGUAUAUAAUUUUAUGUUGACUUAAUAUCGUAAGUGUUCAAUUUAUAAUAGUGAUUUUUUGCAUGAAGUGUAGGAAUGUACAAGACAUAACCUGAAAACUAAUGACAUAUAUAAAUAGUUUGUCUGAAAGUGACAACGAGUAAUGUUCCUAUUCCUCAAAGUUAACGCAUAUAUAUGUAGUUUACCCUGAAAGGAUAUACAUUGCCUCAUGCAGAAAAAGGACAAUCUCAGUUAUUUUGUGUGCGUUUCAAGUGUGUUGUUCUUUGAAAACAGUGUGUAAACCUUGGUCACAGAGUCACAUGGUCCUACAGUUUGGACUGUUAAGUCUGUUUUAAAUACUUAUAAAUGGCUUCCAGCUGGUCCAUCUCAAUUUAAAUAUCUUCCGUGCAUUAAAAUGCCUAGAAAAAUUCUGAGAGGACUAAAUAGGGUCUAGGGAAGAAGAAUGAAAAUGUGGAACUUGUUUUAUUCAGUAGUUAUUUUCAUUCUCAAAUGGCAUCUGUGUAUUAUAUUAUAACAAAUAAGUAAUGCAACUUUUUAUGAAUUAAUUUGAUAAAAUUCAAGAUUAUUUUGGCUUGCAUACAUCAAAAUUGCUGCUCAAGUUAGAUGAAAAUAUGACAGGGAUUGUUAACGGCUUUAUUAUUUACGAUUUUCUUUGUAGAGAGGUCUAGGUCACAUUUUGUACAUUUAUUGUUAGUGACAGGCAUUCUGGUGCUUUUAUAGUGAUGCUAACAAUCAUCCUGGUGAGUUUCAUUAAAUGAAAUGUUUCACUUUAUUUAUUAUGUAAAUACUGUAUCACCUCUCUGUAAAGAGCAAUCCAAGUACAUCGAUUAUUUGUUGCAAAUUUAAGAAAGUGUUUGAUUUUUCACUCAAGCAUAAGAAAGUGCUGCAUUUGUGGUUUAUAAACUAGAGGUUUUUUUGAACUCAGAUAUAAUUAGCAGUGUCCUCUUAUUUUAAGUAACAAUAUAAUACUUUAUGAAAUACAAUACUCUGCAGUAUACAAGGCCAUCUCGUCAGUGAAUGACCAUAUUAUCUGCCGUCAAUUUAUUGCAGUGACAAAGAAUUAGACUUUUGCAAGCUUUCAGUGCUGUAAUUUAGAAUAAAUGGACUGUUUUCUGUAGAAACAUUGUACUGCACUUAUCACUUAUGUAAACUUGUCACAUGUGCAAUAAAAUGUUAAUGUUGAAUGCA